AAUAUUGGUAUUUUGGGUCAUGGUUGAAUAUUCGGUAAAAUGUUUACCAAUGUGUAUGACUUUAUUUAAAUAAGCUUAAAACGGUAGCAAGAAUUAUAAUACCAAAGUUGUAUGUUUGUUUAGAUCGGUGUAAUGGUGACUUAAAAUUGUGGAACUUUAACUUAAAAUUUUAAAAGUUAGAAAUAUGUGGAAAUUGGAGUUUAAUUGAUAUCAAGAUGACAAAUCGGACAAAUAUCAGGCCGUAUAGUGCGGGUGUUACGAUAAAAACGAUUAAAAAGCCCCGACUAAGGCGAUUUGACUUGACUUUUGACGGUCCCCCACCCCCGACACCCGAGGGUAUUAGUAAUGGAAUGAGACCUCAUGGGGGCUAUAGAGGAAUGAGAUCUUUGCCGCCAGGUCAGUUCACGUUCAACAAGGGUGAAGAGUACCAAAACGAAUUGGAUGAAGAGUACAGAAUUCUAGUCAACAAUGAAAGUUACGAAAAUCAUGGCGCUCCCUACUGGUUGAGCGAAGUUCAAAGGGAAAUCACUCACAGUGGAGAAUCACCUCUGUUUACGAAUAAUCUGUUGUCCUCAGGAAAGUUUGAACAAGAGCAAGGAGAAGUCAAUUUUGAGCGUGCAGUACUUUAUAGCAACACGCGAAGACCAUUAGCACCUCGCCGUCGGCAUCUGAAUGUUAGGAAAGAAUAUUACAGACCAAACAGCACACAUCAGUAUUUGUCAGCGACAGACUUGAGGAAUAUUAAUGAGAACGAAGAAAAUAUGGUGAAAUACGGUCGGCCGACGAGAACAACACUGUUACGUGCGAGACAGAGGACGAAUUCCGCUCCUGUCAAUGCAUAUGAUAUUCGUCGAGAAAAUAAUAGACGUUCAGAAGAUGUAAAAAACAAUUCCAUAUUUCAAACCUCAAAGGAUGAAUUUGAACGUGAGCGUGCUCAGAUAAGUUACAGAUAUUUAAAUAUUUACGCCACGGAAGGUGAGAGCGUUCAUUCGUUCCUGACCGGCGCUAGAUAUAAUAGAGCUCACCUGGUUGACUCGAAGGGUUUGACUGUAUACGGUGUGUACAUGCCCAGAGGUCAUCCAUCCGACUGUUUCAUAACAGGUCCUCGUCGUUUGAAAGAUGUAGGGGACGACAUUCCGUCCGCACCACCAGAUUCACCAAGGUCUGAUAUUGAGGAGACUCCGUCACCGUUGAAUAUUUCUCGACCGACGUCGUCACGGCAUAUAUCCCUGCCACCCUCCUCCAGGGCCAGUUCCGGUCGACCUACAAACAAACACCAAACAUCCAGACCUCAUUCAUACAAAAAACCUUCAUCGCGACAGUCAUCUAGUUCACGUCCAAGAAGUGCCAAAGACUAUUCAGCAUAUUCUUCUACUGCAAAUACCCCGCAUACUCUUCAGUCUAGGAGUCCGCCUAAGAGUCCAGACAAGAAGGAACUUCCGCUUCCGGAUGAAAUUACUAUGGCAAUGCCUGAUCACAUCAACAAAGGAAAACAAGGUGUAUAUGUCACUCUGAAGGGACAGAAGAUCAUUGAAUCCGUUGAUUCCAAGCUGCCAAGAGUAACUGGAGUCUCGUUGCCAAAGAUACAGAAACCACGCGACUAUGUUGAUGAAAUGCUCUACGUGAACCAGCCGCCACCAACACCGGUUGAAACGUCAAUAGUUACGUUCGAUAAACAUAAAUUCGAAACGUCUAACGCGGAUGGAAGAUCUAUCCAUCAAAUUGAGGAACAAGCAGUGGAAGAAGACAUUCAAAACGUUCCUUCUGAGAAAAAAGAAAUUAUACAAGAAGAUAAAUUGGAGAAUGAAGAUAAAACCAAUGAGGAAAACAAGAAGCAAACUAUUGAAAACAAAGAUGCUACAAUAAGUCAAGUUGUAGAGUCUGAAAAUGUGAUAACUGAUAAGAAAUCUUUGGAAAUUGGACCAGUUAAGAAGGUCAACUUUGAAGACCUUAAAACUACUGAACAAGAACAUAAAGUUGAGGAGACAGUUGAUAAGAAGGACACUGUUGAAGACACUGACAUUAUAACUGAAAAGAAAGAUGUGAUUGAAAAUACAGAAAAGGUUGUAUUCUUUAUGACUGAAGACGACCAGACAGAUGAACAAAAGGAAGACAAAACUGAAAAUAAACCAGACACUGAAAACUCUGAAGAAAAAACCAUAGAAGACAAUAAUGGAGCUGAAGAGGUAGAUAAAUUAAAAACAGUUGAAAAUGAAAAUGGACAGUCUGUUGAGGAAAUAAAUGAUAAUGAGGCGGACGAAAGAACUGUUGAAGAUGUGAUAAAAGUUGAAAUUUCUGAAACGGAGAAAAAGGCUGAAGACAUUAAGCGUGAAGAGGAAGACGGUCAAGAGGAAGAAGAAAAGCCUUUGACUUCAAAGAAUUAUCCAUUUGAUGAAAGCAGUGACUGAUUAAACUGAAGAAAAUAUUUAUGGUAGUAGAGUAGACUUAGGGAUUUAUUCUACAUUGAAAAAAUCAGACUCAUGCCAUUUAAUAGUCUUUAAUGAAGUAUCUUUUAAGACAGCAUUGUUCAUUAUCAUAUGUAUAGCUGGUAUGAUUUAUGAUUAUGUGUAGAAUAGAUAUAAUGUCAUUAUCUAGUAAUAUGA